AUGCAUUUCUCAGCCGAGGUCCUCUCUCUCCUGACCCUAGGCACCAUGGUUGCAGCCCAAGGAGCAGCCUGGACCAAUCGCUGGGGGUAUAUCGGGUGCUACCCGUAUUCAUUCACCGGCUCGAUCACCACCGCCGGCCCUAACGUCACUACUAUUAACGAAUGCGCAACCUACUGCGAUAGCCUGCAAGGAAACCCCUUCGGCCCUUAUUACUACUUUGGCGUUUCGACUCCGCUCGGAAACUUCACCCAAGGGGGUGAAUUCUGCAUAUGCACCAGCAGCCCGAGUUCGUUGAGCCCAAUGGACAAUGGGCUUUGCAAUAGUACUUGUCCUGGGCAUACGGCAAAGAGGCCUCCGUAUUGUGGUGGGUCCAACGGGGCGGAUUAUUUCUACCUGUCGAUGUUUGCGUCAGUCUAA